AAUAUGGCGACGAGAGAUUUUGUAUUUUGUAUAUAAAAAAUGGUUGUGAACUAAAUAGGCGCAAAAAUGGUCAUGACUAAAUCGGAGGCGCUGAAAAUACUUGAAAUAGCUGAAGGCUCCACACAAGAUGAAAUUCGUGCAAGUUAUAAAAAGCUAGCCCUGCGAUGGCACCCGGAUAAACAUAGCAACAGUGCUGAAUCAACCAAGAAAUUUCAAGAAAUUUCUGAGGCAUACAAGAGGUUGACCAGUAAGGAAGACGAUGAUGAUAUCAGGAUAUCAAUGGCAGAUAUGUUUGAUUUGUUUGCUCACAUAUUCUUCAGCAAUAAUGGAUACUUUGCUCCAGAUAAUUUUUUUUAUUCGGAUGAUGAAUACAAUGACGAAUAUGAUGGUUACAAUGACGACGACUAUGAUGAUGAUGAUGAUGAUUUUCUUAUGUCUGACUCGGACGACGAUUUUCCCAUUUAUCGAAGUCGACAACAUCAUGCAAAGUAUUCUGAUAUGAUGGCAAGAAGAGUCAGUAAAGCAACAGCUAAUUCUUUUAAGCAAGAAGUUUUGAAAAAGAAAAACCAGGUCCGUCCAGAAAUAUCUGAAGAAGAAGCAAGAAAAAAUGCCGAAGAAUUAAUACAGGAAGAGGAGAAAUCGAAGAAAAAAGCGGAAAAACGCAAAGCUAGAAGAAAGAGAAAUCGAGCUAAUCGUAAGAAAAGAGAACGAGAGAAAAGUAACGACAGUAAAAAGACGAAUGAGGUGACAACAUCAACUGAAAAAGUCGAGAAUGUUCAAGAAAAUCAAGACAGCUCGAAAGAAAAUAUAAAUCCCGAAGGCGAUGAACAAAUAGCGAAAGGAAACGAAGAGGAUUGUCCAAUGUCUUCGAAAAACAGAGAUCACGAGUGUUCGGAUGACGACAACACCCACGAUGAGACUUGGGAUACGUCAAGCGCAUUUUUCAACCAUGCCGCUCGUCGUGCAACGUCCACAUUUCAUGAAACGACCUCAGCAGCGAGCACAAGCUCCAAUACAAUUGUAAAUAGAACUGUUAAUAAUGAAGCCUCUAAUAGAGAAGUUCAACAAACUGAUAAAAAGUCCGAAAGAGAGAAAUUAAUCCAAAGAAGUCGACAUCUUGCCGCACUUGGUAACAGUGAAGCAAAUGAAGGAAAUUAUGUUGAAGCAAUUAAUUAUUUUACACAAGCCAUUUUAUUACACGAUGAAGAUUUCAGGUUCUUUGGAAAUCGUUCGUUUUGUUAUGAUCGCUUGGGGGACUACUCGAAGGCGCUUAAAGACGCUGAAGUGUCAAUAAAGAUUCUCCCAAAUUGGGCAAAAGGUUAUUUUCGAAAAGGUCGUGCUUUAGCUGGCCUUAAGCAAUACGCGGAAGCUGAAAAAGCCUUUCUUCAAGUUCUCAAACUCGAUAGACACUGUGAAGACGCGAAACUCGAAUUGUCCAGAGUUCGUGUGCAGCAGUUAAAGGACAUGGGUUUUGGUCAUGGUCAAUGUGUAAGAGCUAUACGUCUGUAUGGGACCGUUAGUGAUGCUCUUGAUGCAAUUCUUUCAGGAAAAGUAAAAGAUCUUCAUAUUGCCACGAAUGAGGAAGACAUCUAUGUGUCUGAUGGCGAGAUCGAUGAAGACCAAGGACCACCGAAGCCUGCUUAUGCUGAUCCAAUUGCUUCAUUAUGGGUUGGAAACAUUGACGGGCAACUGGUGACAGAGAGACAACUUGCUCAAUUAUUUUCCAAAUUUGGUAAAAUAACAUUGAUUCGAAUUUUACCGCAAAGUUUUUGUGCAUUUGUCAAUUAUGAAAACAGAGAAAAUGCCGCUAAGGCUUUGCAAUCGCUCCAGGGGUAUAAACUUGCUGGACAAUACAUAAGAAUACGAUUUCAAGGUCAGGGUACGGAAAAACCGUCAAAAAAUGGGUUCGUGGAUAAGCAACCCAAUCCGUCAGGCUCUACGAAUGGCAACGAAUGUUACUUUUAUCGAACGACUGGCUGUACGUACGGUGAUGCUUGUCGUUUCACACAUGUACCCAAGAAUAAAGGGAUCGACAUGGAUAAAGUAGAACAAAAAUACGGUAAAUUAAAGUGGGGUAAGAAAACCAGAUAGCGAGGUAUGUGCUGACGUCAUGAUCAGUAUCGUUUCAAUGUGUUCAGUGAUGCUUCAUCAUACCUACAAUCGACUUGAGAUAUAUAAAUGGAUAUAUAGUUGUAUUAUCAAAAUGACACGUAAUUUAUACAAAUUUGAAAUUUCCGAAGAAAGUGUGAGAAUUCAUAGUGAUAAGCGUAAGAAGAUCGAUAGUUGGGAGGGGGGGUGAUAUUCACACAUGCAUGAUAUGCAGUGUUAAGCUGCUUUUUUUGAAAUCCAUUGCAUUCCAAUGCAAAAAAUUUGAAAUUAAAAAGUGAAUUUCACGCACUCGUAAUAAAUUAAAUUAUUUCUUCAUAAUUUGUAAUUAUAUUUUGCAUCGGAGACAUUUACUUUUGCUGAUAUUCUUAUGGAACAGUGUGAUAUGAAAUAUUAUGAUAAAAUAAGACUUCAUGUAUAGUGUAAAUCUACAAAGCAUUUCAAUUUACAUCAAACAGAAGACGAUAUGAAAUUUUAAAAAGAAAAAUCAACCUUGAAAUUGUCUGCGAGGAAUGAUGGAAAAUCGAUUUAUGAAAUGUACUGAUCAAUUUUUCUUUAAGUGACGACGACAAGAAAUUUUUUAUCAUCAUGAAUAAAAAAUUUCCUUAAGUUGUAAUGGACUUUUUUUAACAAUGUUUGCUUGGUUCUGGAAUUGUUGAAGGUAUUGUGCGUAAAAAAAAUGGCCAGCAGUCGUUUGCUAAUGUACAUAUCUUGAAAUCGUGUUCAUUUCGUUGUCAUGUUACAAAAGUAAGUGCUUGUGUUUUAUCUAAAAUUUUCGCUUGCUUUGAAAAUCGAUAACACACAUGAUACAUACAGCAAAUUUGUUAAAUAGUGGCGAGAAGUAAAGAAAAAUAACGAUUUGCCACCGGAAUCUUCGUUGAGAUAUAAACACCCCCCUGACAAAAAUAUAUUUGCACUCAGCGGUGCCAGAGUAACCCCUGAUUGGAUGAUCCCCUCCCACCAAGGAUGACAGAAUAGAAAGGUUUUAGAGAACAAUAAUUGUCUGUUAAUGGAGAUAUUAGAUGUUAUUUAUUUUUUAUGUGUAUCUGCUAUUAUUUCAAAUUUUUCAUUAGGGUAAUGCAUGUAUUUAAUUUAAAUGUUUAAAAGCAGCAAAAUCGUUGAGGUUGAAAAAAAACAGUUUCAUUUUUCGAUGUUUUUAUUCACUCGCAUAUAAUAUACAUGUAUGAAUUUUUCAUCGCCAUCCUUAAGUGUGUUUGCUUUAGAAUUUCACAUCACGUAGCGAGCGCAGCAGAUGGCCCGUAAUGAAAUGAACUUAGCUACCACUAGUGUUAAAUUAUUAAGAGAUGAUUGUAAACCAAUCAUUGCGUCUUGCUCAUUUUGUAUCUUAGCUCGUUUUACUUGACUUUAAAUUUAUCACACGCGGAGGCGUCAGCACAUUUUAUCGCGAUUAACCGUUCGCCAUUUUGUGAUCGCGAGUGCUCGCUUACAUUUUGAAAAUGCUUAACGUUGCUCGUUUUGUGUCGCUGAACAAGAGGAGGGAAAUAGCGACAGAAUUUUCGAACAAAGUUGGAGACAUUCUUUGCUCGCAACUUUUCCAAUCCAACGAGUUGGUGAUAAGUAAACACACAGUUACGCUGUCUCAAGCGUGUAUGUUACUUUGGCGGGAUUGGUUCACAGGGGACGUCGAUGGACUUUGGGUGAAUUCACCUAUGCUUGCUGCUGUCUAUGCGUGUGUUUUGCUGGAACUCAUCGCUCUUGGCAAGAUCUCGUGUAAAUUUCAAUCGUGGACUGGCGAUGGCAAGAUUAGGAUAAAGAUUCUCGAUAAAACUUUAACGAACACAUACCUUGACGAGACCGCCUUUGCUCAUCUUUUGAGAAUGGAAACUGCCAGCAACGAGUUGACUUUGGACGAAUGUGUUUUUUAUGCAAUGAAAUGGAAGUUGUGUUCGCGAAAAAAUUGUGCAACGUCCAUUUUGAACAGUUUGGAUGAUUUGAAAAUAUUAAAGACGAAGUGCGAAUGUUUUGGCUUCAGCAGACUCUACAGAACUGUAAAAAUUGAACCUUACGCACUAUUGGAGAAGGAAAUUCGUCUUAUCGUGUUAAAAGGCAAGUUUCCAGAUUGCUUUAUGAGGAUUUUGUUGACGUUGUUGGUCGUUGCUGAUUCUUAUGUGUCGAAGGAUACGAGAGUGUUGAAACGAUUUUUCACAAAAAAUGAAUACUUGCCAGCAGUGGAACGCUUGCACACAUUGGUUAACAUUUGGAGUUUUGAUGCAAAACGCUGAAAGGGAACGUCACCUUUGGAAUGAAAACAGAAGGCUCUUCCCAGUAACUUAUUUCCUCCCAGUUUCAUUGUUUUCAAGUCACUUUUUUAAGACUUGAUCCAACCGUAUCCAACGUUUUCCGUGGCCUGAGACUGGCACUAAUUGUCGAUACCUAUGUGUUAGAGUAAUUAGAACUAUUUUUAAAUAUCUGAAUGAUUUUUAGAGCACGAAAGGUAGACCUUUAUUUACAAACUACCAGUAAUAACACUAUAAUUUAGUCCUUAUAGCGGCAUAAAAUUUGCAUAAAUCUUG